AUGGUUGCGAUGAUUUAUCUCUAUGUCAUCGGAUACUCAGCAUCCUGGGGGCCAGUCCCCUGGGUGUAUCUUGGCGAGAUCUUCCCAACUCGUCUUCGCGCCUACGGUGUUGGUUUUGGUGCCGCCACGCAAUGGCUAUUUAACUUUGUCAUCACUGAGGUUACCCCUCGCGCUAUAAACAAGAUUGGCUGGAAGACUUUCCUCAUGUUUGGAAUCUUCUGCUUUGCCAUGGGAACCUUCGUCAUUGUAUUCUUCAAAGAAACUAAGGGCCGGACCCUGGAGGAGAUGGAUCUCAUUUUCGGCGCUGUUGAUGAACAGCAGAGACGCGCUGAUGUGGAACACACAUUGCAAAAAACUCAAGUCAUGCAUGAAGAGCAUGUUGAGACCAUGGGGACUGCAAAGAAUACAGAGACUUCGGAGACUAGAGAGCACAAAGAGUGA